AAACAAGAAAUCAAGACCCCAUUGGCGCCUCCGCCGGUGGGCGCCUACUCUCAGGCCAUACGAGUGGGCUCUACGGUGUAUGUGUCGGGACAGAUCGCGAUAGACCCGGCGUCGGGUCGGUUAGUGUUGUCGCCGUUUGAGGCGCAGACCGAACAGGUGUUCCGCAAUCUAAGGGCAGUUUGCGAGGCGUCCGGCGCUUCUCUCGACCGUAUCGUCAAACUAACCGUUUUUAUCAAAGACUUGCGACAAUUCCCGGCCGUUAACCGCGCGAUCGAGAAGUACUUCCAGAGGCCAUAUCCGGCCCGCAGUAGUAUAGAGGUGUCAAGUCUUCCACGCGGUGUCGAUCUAGAAGUCGAGGCCAUUCUUCAGCUCUGA